ACGACAUUCUCAGAUUAGUAUUUUGUGGGUCAAUAAAAUCUUUAAUAAAUAUUACCAUACAAAAGUACUUGUCUCUGUAUAAUAAAAACACAAAUAAAUAUAUGUUUUUUUACAUAUAAGUGAAGAGAAUUGUCAAGCGUAUGGUGUUGAUUUCAUGGUCCUCAGGCAUUUCAUUAUGAAGUAACUUCUUAAUUUAAAAAUGACUUGACAGUGAUUUCACCAUGCGUAAAGGUUAUGAUGUAUUUUUUAUCCGUUAAAAACAGCCCAAAGACGUAUUACAAGGGAAAAUUUAAGGACAAAAGUCAAUGAUGAGGCUUCCCUCAAACUAACACGGAAUGGAAAACUCUCAGUCGGGCAUAAAUCUCUAAUCAGUAGUUAGUGUUAAAUUCACUCUCAUCAAGAGACAGAAUCCCAAAAAUGGGAAAAGACGAUCCAGAGACAACAGCUCUUAAGAAGGAGCUCGACGAUUUAAUCAAAAAGUGUCAGGAAGACCAAAAAAAACAGCAGGACACAACUUUAGACGAGGCAUGUAACUCAGUAGCUGACGCUCCGAAGGUCAAACUUUCCACAAAAAAGCUCCUUAAAGGUCAUAUCAAUAAAGUUAAUUCAGUGCAUUACAGUGGAGACAGCAGGCACUGUGUAACUGGCUCCCUCGAUGGUAAACUCAUCAUUUGGGACUCCUGGACUGGGAACAAAGUUCAAGUCAUUCCUCUGCGCUCUGCCUGGGUGAUGUCUGUAGCUUUUAGUCCCUCCGGAAAUUUUGUAGCUUGCGGAGGAAUGGAUAAUAUGUGCACUGUUUACGAUGUAAAUAAUCGAGACUCCACCGGAUCUGCCAAGAUCGUAAGAGAACUCCUGGGAUAUGAGGGGUUCUUGUCCUCAUGCAGAUUUUUAGAUGAUAAAACACUGAUUACUGGAUCAGGAGAUAUGAAAAUUUGCAUGUGGGACUUGGAGUCUGGCAAAAAAAACGUUGACUUUCCCGCUCACGCUGGUGAUGUUGUCAGUAUCAGUCUGAAUCCCGAUGGCCAGACCUACGUUACUGGAUCUGUUGAUAAAACGUGCAAACUCUGGGAUUUCAGGGAAGAAAGAGCUAGACAAACCUUUUUCGGUCACGAGGCCGAUGUCAAUUCCGUAUGCUGUCACCCAUCGGGACAAGGUUUCGUCACCGCGUCUGAGGAUAAGACGGCCCGCAUUUGGGACUUAAGAUCUGAUCAACAGUUGGCAACAUUUAAACCACCUAAUUCUAAUCCCGGAUUUACUUCGUGCGGACUAUCAUUGAGUGGAAGAUUCAUAUUUUGCGGGAGUGAUGACAAUUCUAUUCAUAUAUGGGAUACACUGAAGAUUCAGCAUAAUGGUACAAUGAAUGGCCAUGAAAACAGGGUGACUUCUCUAAGUGUCGCGCCCAGUGGAAUGGCAGUGGCCAGCUGCUCUUGGGACAACUUUGUUCGGAUCUGGGUUUAAUUGUAAAAAAUGAAACACCGUGUCAAGUAAAAAUCAAAAUGUUUCAAAAUUAUGUAAAAUGUGAAUAAAAUGGGUCCUCUUUCUCUCAGAA